AUGCCUUCCUCAGAGUCCCACGCUAUGAAAUCACAAGAUGACAACCAACUCAAACCCGACAAGAACGAUGUCUGGGUUGAGAACUCCCAAGAAGAGAGUCCUUCUGAUAUCAUGAGCAUAUAUCACUCCUAUGAUAUCGAAUAUCGACAGAAGGUUGAGGCGAAAUUGCGACGAAAGAUCGAUACACGAAUUCUUCCCCUCAUUGUCCUCAUUUAUCUUUUGAACUAUUUGGACCGGAACUCCAUCACCCAAGCCCGUCUUUAUGGCCUCCAAGAAGAUACGGGUGUGAAGGGAGCCCAAUAUCAAACAGCCAUCUCGAUCUUCUCGGCUGGUUACAUUCUCAUGCAACUGCCAUCGACAGUGUUGAUGACGAAGUUUCGCCCUUCCAUCUUUCUACCAAGCUGUAUCAUUAUCUGGGCUAUUGUUAGCGGAUGUACAUCUGCUGUCAACAACACAGCAGGCCUCCUGAUUUUAAGGUUCUGUCUUGGUUUCGUCGAGGCACCUUUCUUCCCCGGCGCUAUCUACUACCUGAGCUGUUGGUAUACCAAACGUGAGAUUGGUGUUCGGAUGGCUCUUCUCAUCUGUGGGAUCUUACUGUCAAAUGCGUUUGCUGGUUUGAUCUCCGCCGGAAUCCUGUCUGGGAUGGGUGGAGUGGCUAAUCUCGCUGCAUGGAGGUGGCUUUUCAUUCUGGAGGGCCUAGCAACUGUGGCCGUAGGCUGCAUAGCUUUCUUCGUUCUUCCAGACUUUCCUGGUACAACCAAGUGGCUCAGUGAACCCGAAAAGGUCGUUGGCCAGGGUCGCCUUGCCGCUGACGCUGGAAGCAAUACAGUUCUUGAUGCCGAGAAAGUCCCAAUAACCCGUGGUAUUAUCUGGGCCGCCAAGGACAUUCGAACAUGGCUCUUUGCUUGCUUGCAGAUGUCUACCACUGCGUCGAUAUCUUACUCGCACUUCUUCCCCACGCUGAUUAAGGAACUUGGGUUCAAGAACAACACAACGGUCUUGCUUCUGACCUCCCCUCCUUACAUUGUCGCCUUCUUUUGGGCCAUGAGCUGGGCAUUUUUGGCGGACAGAAAACAAAUUCGCUCUGUCCCUGCCGGUAUAUCACAGUGCUUGGCUAUAGUGGGAACGGUCCUUUUGAUUGCCAUAACAAGCUCUCUGUGGGCGCGUUACGCUUUAACAAUCCUGGUUUGCUGCGGUACUUUUGGUGUCUAUUCCACUACCUAUGCCUGGCUAUCGUCUACAAUUACACAGCCACCGAUCAAACGCGCUGUGGCCAUUGGACUCGCCAAUAGCUGUGCCAACAUUGCAUCCCUCUUUGCAAACUAUUUCUGGCUGGAUCAAUACGAACCUAUGUACAGACAGUCUUGGGGCUGUCUUUUGGGCUUCCAAUGUCUGGGAAUGUCUUGUAUUCUGACAAUCCGGUUCUUGUUGAACCGAGCCAACAAGAAGUUGGAAGCUCUGGCCACCGAAGCUGAGAGAAAUGAUACUCUUUUCAUGUCUCGCUUGGAUGGAGACGCUAGGGACGCGGUUCGGAACAAUUUCCGAUAUGUUGUCUGA